ACGUGGCGUGGUCCGGACAACACGGCCGUUCUUCUCCCAAGUUGGGAGCCUGCAGCUUUUAAUGCGCGAGUUCUAUCCUAUAAUAUCAGGACGCAGAACGAACCCGGGCAGCUGCGUCGGGGUUGAACGAUGGGGCCAUUCCUAAAAUGGCGAGCUGCGGCUGUCAUCUAUGCGCACCCUGGCAACCGCACAUGCAUCAACGUUCUGUCGCCGACUUCGAUGCCGAACCAAUCUUACGACGGUGUUGGAGUGUUCGAGGAUAUUGGAGGAGACUCGUACGACGGCGACGUUACCGAACCGAGGAGAGCCCUAUCCAUUGCCCGCGCACUCUACAUGGGCAUUAGAUUGGACACACGCUGGCCAUCACUCUCUGGAGGGGACGUCGCCGAACGUAUGGUAGCUGCGCAAACGAGUUUCGAAAUGAACCACCUCCACCAUCGAUCUAAUGCGCUUCGGGCCGCACGCUUGAAAUCUCAGUUCCCGCCACUAUACCCCAACAGCCUUGGGGCGUCAACUUUAAUCCUUCGCCUUCGUCGAUUGGAAGAAUGUAAUUGGUGGUUGCAGAAAAAUUCUCGGAGUUCGUGCAUGGCCUUGGUGUUGGUAAGGCGGUUAGCAUCCCUCAGGAUCUCAGCCCUGUUAUAACCCUUGUACCCCAUAUGAAAACUGGGCUAUCACGCGUCUUCAGCCUUGCAAAACCAAGCCCUCGGGGAAACAUAAAACAACUUGCUAGGUCGACGUGGCGCAGACGA